AUGGUCCAAACGCCGCAACAACGUCGCGCGAACCAGAAGUUCUUCAAGGAGCAGGAGGCGCGCCGCGGCAAGUCCGAGGCGGAGCUGAAAAAGCGCCAGAAGGACCAGACCAAACCCCCAAUUUCGAAGUUCUGGCUCUGGUUCCUUGGCUUUGUUGUCUUCGGUGGCCUCUUCUUCGAGGUCCUCUCACGUAUCAUCUUGCGCUACAUGUACUAA